AUGGGAGACGAUCCUGAAAGGCUGUACCGGUUGGACGGGGUUGCUCAUAUAGCCGGGGGUGAUCAAAGACGAGAUGGCCGGCUUAUAUGGUAUCGGUUAGAUGAGCCCCUUGUCAGCGCCUUUAUCGAGCGGUGGCGUCCUGAGACGCACACCUUCCAUAUGCCCUUCGGAGAGUGCACCAUCACGCUUCAGGACGUGGCGUACCAGUUAGGGUUGGCAGUGGACGGGCGUUAUGUCAGCGGUUGCCUUACAGAUUUUCAUAUGUAUAUCGAGGGCGGACGUCCAGCUUGGGUGUGGUUCGAUGAGUUGCUUGGAGUGAUUUCUCCUCCGAGCCAGGUUCAGAAGUUCGCAGUUAACUGCACCUGGUUCCAGGAGACUUUCGGAGAGUGGCCCGAGGGAGCCGAUGAAGAGACUGUGCGCCGAUUUGCUCGUGCCUAUAUCAUGAUGUUGUUAGGCACUCAGUUGUUUGGAGACAAGUCCGACAACCGCAUUCACAUCAGAUGGCUUCCCUACGUUGCUAGGCUUGAGGAGAUGGGUUCCUACAGUUGGGGGUCUGCUGCAUUGGCUUGGUUGUACCGGUGCAUGUGCCGAGUGGCAAACAGACAUCUGGUGAAGUUAGCGGGCCCACUACAGCUACUUCAGUCCUGGAUCUUCUGGCGCUUUCCCAGGUUUAGGCCUGCUGGGUAUGACACGUGCAGCUGGCCUUUGGCAUCGAGGAGGUCAGGUUACAGCCCUUCCUACAGCGAGAAGGGUCCUAGAGUACGGAGCACGCAACUGAAGAUAGACAUGUUGCAGCCCAGGGAUGUGAUUGUUGUUCCUUUUAUCUGGAUGCCGUAUAGCUCCCCCGAUGUACUUCAGGUUGUGCAUCCGGAGGCGUUGGAGCCUCGCCACACGGCGCUUUGGCGGUCUGUCACAUUGCUUAUAUACUUUGCCGUUGUAGAGUGA